AUGCCCCGACUCCCUCGAGCCAUCUUCCCACUCCUCCCUCGACCACCUCUCCCACUCUCCGGCCCAAAACCGAAAUUCGCUUUAAAUUCCACCCUCCGAUUCAACCCUCUCUCAUCCACUGAACCAUUCCAUUCUUCUUUCUCCUCGACAUCAUCUUCUCAGUACCAAUCAUCCCUCUCAUACCUAUUUGGUGAUCAUCCAACAUCUUCACCUAGUCGAACGAUGAUUUCCAACCAUUAUUCUCCAUUGUCCAGUCUGACCGCUCAACCAUACCGAGCUCGAAGUGCCCUUGGUAGUUUGAGGUUCAUAGCGAUGGGUACUUUCUAUCAACCUUCUCAGAGGAAAAGGAAAAACAAGCAUGGUUUCCUAUCUAGGUUGAGAGGUGGUCGGAAUAAUAGGAAGAUUAUUUUCAGGAGGUUGUUGAAAGGGAGAAAGAACAUGUCGCAUUAA